GAAAGCGGCGAAGAUGUCGGCUCAGUCAUGUGAUCAGCUGUGUCCAAUCACAGCUGAUCACAUGGGACAUGUGCCCUGAUGAUCAGUGUAGCCCCAGAAGUGCCACCUGUCAGUGUCCAUCAGUGCCAGCAGUCAGUGCUCAUCAGUGCCAUGUGCAAGUGCCCAUCAGUGCCACAUCAAUGCCACAUAUCAGUGCCCAUCUGAGCUGCCUUUCAAUGUCACCCAUCAAUGCCAAUCAGUGCCACAUAUCAGUGCCAGUAAGUGCCGCCUAUCAGUGCCAGUAAGUGCCGCCUAUCAGUGCCCAUCACUGCAG